UAGGCUUGACAGACCCACACCUGAUGGGAGACCCGAUCCUAGAGAUCAGACUCCGCCAGGACAACGCGGUAGAGGAAGAACACCACCUCCAGGCGCUCGUGGUGGAUAUCGCGAUGAACGCAGCUAUGAGCGCGGCCCGCACGAUCACCGCAGCGGACGUGAGGAGACAUGGGGUCCACCUCGCCGAGAGUCUCAAAUGCCGCCAGGCAGACCGCAUGACAGUCACGAUCGCAGCGAUUACGAUGGUCGGCGAAGUCAGGAUGUACGACCCGACAGAAUGAGUGUUGCCUCUUCCGUGUCUGUACCACCUGAGAGCCAACAGUCUUCGCGAGCCCCUGCGAGCGCUCCUCGGAAUACACCAACGCAGCCACCUCCGCAAGAUGCUGGGCAUGGCGUUCAUCCUGGUCGAAUGGCGUUGAUCAAUGCAGAUUCUCCC